AUGUCUGCACAACCUGGGCAACCACUUCAGACCUAUGGCUUUCAGACCUCUGUCGAUAUUGCCCGCCAGCAGACGUACGAUACAGCCCCAUUGGCUGGAAGCAAGCGACCCCCGGACCCAUCUGCAGGCGAUGAUCACAGGCCGGUGGGCGUAAGACAUCCCACGAAUGCUCCUGGUACGGUUGCUCGACCGGUAGAUUUUAUCCGCCCUUCGUUGACCCUUCCUAAGGCGCGCCUGGUCGCCAGUGACAUCUACCCUGUGGCUGCUACGCUGCCUGAGCAUAGUGGUCAACAGCCAAAUGUUUUCCCUACCGACCAGGAACUGGCAGAAAACCCCCUUUUGUCCUUGAAACACCCAAUCUAUGGCCUGCCUCCUGCGCUGGUGUCUAAUUUUGCCGAGGCUGGGCUCAAGAGCAUCUACCAGUGGCAGGCGUCAUGCCUGCUAGCUCCAGGUCUCCUCAAGGGCGACCGACACUUGGUCUACACAGCUCCUACGGGCGGAGGGAAGUCUCUUGUCGCCGAUGUCCUUAUGCUCAAGCGUGUCAUUGAGAACCCCGGGCGCAAGGCCAUUCUCGUACUUCCGUAUGUUGCGUUAGUGCAGGAGAAGCUCAAGUGGCUUAGACGCAUCGUACAGGAUGUCGAAAAAAAUAUACACGACGCUGAGGAUCAAGCAGCCAACGCGAAACCGUACCACCACCGUUGGAUCAAACUGCAGCGAUCGAUUCGUGUCACCGGAUAUUUUGGUGGAAGCAGGACUGCUGCAUCUUGGGCAGACACGGACAUAGCGGUCUGCACAAUUGAGAAGGCCAACUCUUUGAUCAACUCCGCCAUUGAAGAAUGCAGCAUUGGGGACUUGGGGGUAGUCGUUCUGGAUGAGUUGCAUAUGCUCGAUGAUGAACAUCGAGGGUAUUUGUUGGAACUAAUGGUCACCAAACUGCUCCUCCUGCGACAGGAUAUUCAAAUCAUUGGAAUGAGCGCUACGCUUUCGAAUACAGAAAUGCUUGCUGAGUGGAUGAAUGGGGUCUAUUUUGUCUCGACCUACCGUCCAGUUCCAAUUGACGAUUACCUUGUUUAUGAAAACGCAAUUUAUCCCGCGGCAACCUCGAGGCAGCUCUUCCAGACUAUCUCUAAGCUGAAGUCGAUAACAAACACGUCUUUGAUGGAGAAAAUGCCUCCCCAUCGGAUUAUUCGUCCUUCGACCUUCCGGGAAUUUGCAAGCCCCACAACGAAUGCGACAGUAGCUCUAGCUAUUGACACAGCUGCCGCUGGAUAUGGCGCCUUGGUAUUUUGUGGCAGCCGGCAGAUGUGCCAGCUUCAAGCAGCCGUGAUAAGCGAAGCAAUGCCGGUUCCUCCAGAGAAUACGGGUGAGCUGAACGAACGACUGGAUCUACUCGCCGAUCUACGAAGCCUGCCCAGUGGCCUGGACCCGGUCCUGGAAAACACGCUCGUGAGAGGCGUGGGGUUCCAUCAUGCAGGGAUGACGACAGAAGAACGGGAGUUGAUCGCGCAGGCUUACGACCAAGGGGUAUUGAAGAUACUCAUAGCCACAUGCAGUCUGGCAGCUGGAGUCAACCUUCCCGCACGAAGAGUUAUCAUAAACGGAGCACGCAUGGGCCGGGAACUCGUAGGCCCAGCAAUGUUGCGACAGAUGUGUGGGCGAGCUGGUCGCAAAGGGAAAGAUGAGGUGGGUGAAACAUAUCUGAUAUGCGGGAACAGCGACCUACAAUCUGUCUGCGACCUCCUAGAGGCCGAUAUGCCCGCCAUUGAAAGUUGUCUGGCCCCUGAGAAGAGGGGCCUCAAGAGAGCCCUCUUGGAGGCUAUUGCGACCGGGCUCGUCUCCGGUUAUGACGCAAUCAAGGAAUAUGUCCGGUGUACUCUUCUUUACCUGACAGUGGAUAAAAGGGUAGCCUACAGCAUCAUGGGCUCCGCACUCCAAGAAUUGAUCACUGAGGGACUUCUUCACCUCAAUGACGACGAGUCAUACUCGCCGACGCAACUUGGACAAGCUGUGGUGGCUUCCGCAUUUGCGCCCGAAGAUGGUCUCUUCGUCCACGAAGAGUUAAAACGAGCGUUGCAAGCUUUCGUCAUGGAUGGCGACAUGCACAUAUUCUACAUGUUCACUCCUCUUCAAGCUGCCACCAGCACUCCAAUCGACUGGCUUAUCUUUCGUGAUCAAUUGGAUAAUCUCGACGAGAGUGGGUUGCGUGCCUUGCAGUUUGUUGGUAUCCAGCCAGGCUUCGUAAAUUCGAUGGCACAAAGUGGCGCGUCCCUCAAAGAGAACAAUACAGAACAGGUGAAACAGGCUAGGAUCUACCACAGAGCCUAUACAGCGUUUCAGCUUCGGGAUUUGAGUAAUGAAGUACCGUUGUCGACGGUUGCCAGUCGCUAUCGAAUCCCGCGAGGAGCAGUCCAGACUCUGGCACAACAAUGCCAUGGCUUUGCUGCUGGCAUUGUGAAAUUUUGCCAGCGAAUGGGUUGGGGCAUGCUUGCAGCUGUCCUAGAUCACAUGCGAGAUCGACUGGAGGCCGGGGCUCGCGCUGAUCUACUGGAAAUGGCCCAGGUGACGUACGUGAAAGGAUGGACAGCCAGGUUACUCCGGGAAAAUGGAUUUCGCAAUCUGAGGGCACUGGCGGAGGCCGAUGCGAAGGAUCUUGUGCCUGUUCUCAAGAUGGUGAACCCACGCAAAGCCCAGAAGAGCCAACUGCAUCCCACAGAAGCCGAGAGGUUCGCCAAAAAGCUGCUUGCUAAAGCAGAGGUCAUUGUUGGAUCGGCAAACAAAAUCUGGGGUACGUACGGCCGAGCUUUUUUUGGUGUCCAAGUCUGGCAUUACUGACUGAGGUAUACAAACUCGCAACAGAACGCGAAAUGCAGAUCGAAUUGGAUGAGUGAGCAGUUUUGGAAUGUAUUACAAGCUGUCCUUGGGCAUUUUGGCAUUAGCUGCUCAACAUCUUGGACUACGGGACCUC